AUGGAAGGAAUGGAGUGAAUAUCGGAAAGAGAGUGGAAGAUCAUAAUGAAUGGAGAGACAAAAAACAAAAGGAGGGAGAAGAAAGAGGAGAAAGGAGAGGAAUGAAAAGAAGAACGUCAAUCCCAGUUUAAUGUUAAAAGGCCAAGCGUAGACCAUCUGGCAGCAUCUCAGUGUUGGCAGGCUGCUGUGUGGCAGCACAGAGUCAGGGCUCUGGACAUGACAGCUUGGUAUUAAUGACCAAGAACACUGUGUGAUUCAAGGCUUUUAUCCAGCAAAUAGCUCAGUAAAAAGGUCACAAUAACAGUUACCGGCUAGCAUAUUACUUUCCAUAGCACUACCUCAUCAACAGAUGAGAAGCAAGAGGUCAUUUUUCUGCACCAAAGCCUCGAAACGAGUACAAGGUUGUGAGCUUUAUGCUACAAGGCCAGAGGACAGACAUGAGUCAGCCAAGAUGGAGGAAGUUUUGUAGCAGCAGAUAGACAACAGCUGCUCUGCUGCUGAGAAACGAAACAUGAACACACACACACACACACACACACACACACACACACACACACACACACACACACACGCAGUAUGUGUGCUUCACUAAGAGUGAGAUCGCUCUAAUACCAAACAACCGGUAAUAGUCAUCUUCGUGUUACCAUUACUGCAAUGGAACAGUGAAUGUCUGAUGAUUAAAGCGACCUUUUCCAGGACUGGACAUGAUCUCACUCUAUCACAGCUGCAACCCAAGACACAGCCAGGUUCACCACCAGGUGGGACACUUAACACGACACCUCAAUAUCUCCAGUGCAACACCAUGGGCAUGAAUCAUCAUUUGUCCGGUGCAUGCUACGAGAUUCUGAACGAAGCAAAGCGCCUGGAAAACCAAGCAAAGCCAUGCAGCACACAAAAACAACUCCCCUCUGCUUCUCGCACUCAUAAAUCAAUGCCCUAAAAAAUCGAUGGAGAGCAACAUGAAAUCCAUUCACCCCUAUUUCCUCUUUCUUUAGUGCUGUUAAUGAAUUGUAAAUCUCGAGCUUUCAGCACCUUCCACUCAAAAUCUUGCUGUUUACUUCAGUUUAUCUCCACAUUGCUGUUGACCUAAGCCUAUCUAGAUUUCUGUACAUAUUCACCUGCUCUUCAGAAUAAUACAGAUGAGCUAAAUUUAUGGCUCUUGAGCUCAGGUGGUUACACUGACACUGAUUUUAUUGCAGUAAUCUGCAGUAGGCGUUAUAGCAGCUGAGUGCUUGCUAUCUGGCUGGCAGUCAAUAAUUACCUCUAGUCAAUAAUUCUGAAGGCAAACACUAUUUCAGUCUGUCUCUCUUUGUAUAUAUACUGUAUCUGUGUGUAUUUACGAGUGUGCAGGGACAGCACUUUCAGAAAAUGUACAGAUGCCUUCAGAAAAAACACCCAGAAACAACGGUGCUUAAGAAUGAGCCUAUGUUUGGCCUCAUUAAGCCCUCCCACAGAGAGCUGGCCAGCCCAUCUCCGUCCUGCUCUAUCAUAGUCAGUCCAGAGUUCACCUACCGUUUACUCAGUUUUAUCCUCUCAUGCUGUCGAGCUAUUCACCUCUCUGAUUCCAGCUCCGCUACCAUUGUGUUUCUCAGGAGAUCCCUUUCUUGGUGGCAGAAGGACUGCUGAUUGUGGACUGAUGAGGACAGGGCCCGAUUGAGGUGUCAUGUGGAGUAGCCGCCUGCUCUGAGGUGACAGGAAAUCACACACGAGCUCCAGCGUUUAACUCUCGACACUCGUCUGCCCCGCACAGGAGUCCGAGGGGGAGGAUGAACACCAGAGCAGCUGAGAAAACGGGAGUGCCUUGACCUCAGCGGCGUGGUUACUUUGUUCCUUCUACCACCCCCCAGCCAAUAAGGUGGAGCUGAUUGCGAAGACUGAAAUGGCUUGAUUGGAAGGCAGCAAAAAUGUAAAAAUGAUCAAGGACUUGAUGUGUUUUGAAUGACAGCUUUUAAACAGGAAUGCCAUUUUCCUGGUGCCAAAAGAAACAUUAAUGUACGUAAUGUGUUUUUUGUUAAUGUCUUCAAAACCCUUAAAUGCCUAGAAGUCUGUGUAAUGUUAUUUGUCAGCACACUCCUAUUUAAUCACAGUGUGCAUCAUAAUUUCCGCAUGUAUUAUCAGUAGUUUUAUGACUGGCUUAAGCAUACUGACCCCACAAAAGACAAACUGUGUUUCAACAGCAGCCGAAUGAACGGAACGGAAGGCAGGGUGCUUCUGUUGUUGAACUCUACAGAUUUAGAGGAUCCAAUGGGGAACAGCAGUGACACUGGGCAGGGCGAUGUGGAAAGGGUCCUGGUCCCGAUACUGGACGUGCUGAUUCUGGUCCUGGGGGUUUGUGGGCACACCCUGGUGAUGAUGAUCUUGUGUGGACGAUGGAGGAGAGGGGUGGCGCGUGCUACACAGUCUCCCCAAAGCUCCAGGAGCGGCACAGGCACGGACAUCCUCCUACUAGCUCUGAGUGUUGCAGACCUGAUUUUGCUCUCCAUGCUUCCCUUCCACACCGUUACCAUAGCCAUGCAGCACUGGCCAUUCGGGGACGUCAUGUGUCGUAUAGUGGGCUUCUUGGGCUCAGCCUGCACCUCGGCCAGCGUGUUCACUCUGGCCACCCUCGCCGUGUCUCGCUAUCUGACUGUGGUGAAGCCUACCAGAGCUUUCUCCCUCCUCACUCCUCGCCGGGUGUCUGUGACCGCCGCACUGCUCUGGCUUCCAGCUUUGUGCCUCGCGGCUCCCCAGCUGGUUUUCCGCACUGUUGGAAUGCCGCGAAAAGCCCCCGACGGCCUCAGUUGCUUUGCUCUCCAGUCUGACCGAGACCAGUUGAUCUACGGACUGGUUCACUUCCUCGUGGCCUUCUUGUUCCCACUGGUUAUCAUUGCAGUGGCGUACGGCAGCAUCUAUGUGUUCCUGUGGGGGAGUCAACAAGGCGGCAGGACGCCCCAAGUGGAGCGCUACCAGAGCAAAGUGACCCAGACGUCAGCCAUGCUGGUGCUGGCUUUCACCGUGUGCUGGCUGCCAUCCUACGGCCUAACGCUGGCCUUACUGGCGAAUAACAGCUCAGGGGCCACUGGAACCUCACCACGUUACGGCCCCUUCAGCGUGUUCGCGCGUCUCAUGGCAACCUCCUCUACAGUGAUGAACCCCAUCCUCUAUGUGCUGAUGUCCCAAAAGUUCAGACAGGACGUACUGAGGCUGUUCAAGAGGGAUGGGCAAAGAGCCAGCGGGGCUGUGGUUAUGGCUGCUGUCUGACAGUAUUACUUUAAGCAACUACCUUGAUAAAACUGAUUACCUGACAAAACUCUGAACCAAUCCUGGCAGCUGGGAGUUACAAUAAAAAAAGAAAUUACAAGCUGAGCCGCUGAAAGACUCCUACAUAAAAUGGACAAAACCAUUACUCUUAUGAGGAAAGUCCACUUAAGCAGAACAGCAGCACUUACAGGGACAUUCAAAACCUUUGCUUCUUUCACAACAUUCUCUGUUAGUCUGGAUAUUGUACAAGAAGAUCAAAGUUUGCCUUGGGAGUUGCUGCUCUACAAGCACAGUGGCAGAAACAAUCCUGAAUCACACAUUCCUUGUAAAACAGAUUAAAGUAAAGGCACUUUGGUAAAACAUUAAUAGUGCACCUGUGUUUUGUUGCGCUGAGAUAAGGCGAAUGAAGGUCUAUCUGUCUCUGGGCCUGUUUACGUUGGUAUACAGUCUGUGCAGAUAAAAAAAAAAAGCCAUUUCCUUCUGUUUCUAGUUUGGCUACAACUACAGAAUUAAAACUUGCUGCUUCUGUUUAGAUGAGUGGGAGUAUUUUGGGAAAAUCCAGCAGCUUUCUUCCUCAUUUUCUCACUAGGGGUCUAAUGUUUAUGACUCAGGUUUUUUGUUAUUCAUAAAAAAGUGUAGCAACCAUAAAUUAAUUAACUAAU